AUGGCUCAUGCUCCUCUCCUAAGAACAAACACGGCUCCUGUAUUCCAGCAAUCCAACGGAAUCGGCGGCCUACCCAAUACCAUGAGUAAUGCGCCCCGCGCCAGCCAGCUUUCCGGCUCGACAGCGUACACAUCCACUGGCUCUUUCGCCUCCUUCAACAGCGCAUCCACGGUGACGCCCCCGCAAAAUGGAGGUCCCGUUCAGGCUACGGCCAACAUCAUCAACCAAAAGGCCGAUGCCUCGCGGUCCCUUUACCAGAUUUGCAUGUCGUUGAAGCAGCGAUUAUCACAGGUACCUGGCUUCGACCCCUAUCUGCAAGAGCUCGACCCCAACGACCCUGUCGAAUCACUGUGGGCCCUGUUCCGCACCGGUUAUCCGCUACUCGACAUUUACAACGCCCUGCAACCAGAAAAGCCCCUCGAGAUCGAAGGCGCAAACGCCAGUGCCAGCGACAGCAAAAAGGCAAAAAUUGCCCUCUUCAAAUUCAUUCAGGCGUGUCUAAAGGAUUUGGGUAUACCCUCGGCGGAAUGCUUCGUCAUCAGCGACGUACUAGGAAAUGACACGACUGGUUUUGUCAAGACAACUCAAGUCGUCAACUACGUUCUCGACAUCGCUGAGCAACGGGGUCUCUUGUUGCAACUCCAGCCUUAUCCCGAAGAUGAUCUUCCUAUGGAACCAGGCUCCAAGCUGAGCUACCGGGAUCAUAUCGUGAAGGAACUGGUAGACACGGAGCGAAAAUACGUCCAAGAUUUGGAGAACCUCUACGACCUGAAAAGUAGCUUGGAGACUAAGGGAAUAAUCACUGGCGACACCAUUCAUCAGAUUUUCCUCAACAUCAACGCUAUCCUGGAUUUCCAACGCCGUUUCCUGAUCCGUGUCGAGACGACAAACUCCAUGCCCAAGACUGUACAGCAUUGGGGUGCUCCAUUUGUCACAUACGAAGAUGCAUUCGACAUCUACCGUCCCUUCAUCGCCAAUCAGCGCAAAGCAGCCCAAGUCGCCAAUCAAGUCUUUGACCAGAUCAAAGCGAGCGGGCAUCCCGUGGCCGCAGACUUCAACACUUUGGAUGGCUUCCUCCUCAAGCCCAUGCAGCGUCUCGUCAAGUACCCUCUGUUGUUGAAGGACUUGAUGAAAAAGAGCGAGGACGAGGAUAUUAAGGCCGAUCUGGCAGGCGGUAUCGAGUCCGCAGAACGAGUUUUGUCAAAGGCCAACGAAGAAGUCAACCGAGAUUUGUUGGACGAGGCUCUGGACGACUUGCGAAACCGCGUCGACGACUGGAAGAAUCAUCGCGUGGAGCAGUUCGGCAGGCUGCUGAUGCAUGGUGUUUACACUGUCGUCACAGGGAAGAGCGAGCAAGAAAAGGACUACGAGAUUUAUCUCUUCGAAUGCAUACUACUUUGCUGCAAGGAAAUUUCGGCGAACAAGAGCAGGGACAAGAAGGACAAGACUAGGUCUACAGGGCCCAAGAUCAGGAACAAGAAUGCGAGACUUCAAUUGAAGGGCAGGAUCUUCAUGACGAACGUUACUGACAUCGUCUCCCUCGCAAAGCCUGGAUCCUACAUUGUCCAAAUCUGGUGGAAAGGCGAUCCUGGCGUGGAGAACUUCAUGAUCAAGUACACCAAUGAGGAGCAGAUGAAGAAAUGGGCAGUCGCUCUUGAGGCGCAACGUAAGGAAAACACGCCCAACAAAUCUGCUACGAGUCCCGACUCGGCGGCACCCGACUUUGCCUGGACACGAGAAAACGCUGGCAAGCUCGAGAACCCGUAUCUUAACCAGCAAGACGAUGACGAUGACGAGGAACUGUGGCCACCCGCCUCUGCCCCUGCCCAGUUUCCCAUGCCGACUCAGUCUACAGGAGGCAGCAUGUUGCCUCGCAACGCAUCGAGCACAAGCCUGCGACAACGCGCCGCAACUAAUGAGAGCCUUGCCGGUAUGGUGAGGGCUCCGCCUCCUAGAUUCCCUCUGCCGCAACCACCGGCGCCUCUCAGUCUUUCGACCCAGGUGCCUGCUCCGGGUGCCUCUUCACCUGGUGCCCGCGGCGGCGACUCUUACUUUUCACCCGUAGCCGAUUCGCCUGUUUCCUCGCGCACGAGCACCGCCAGCAAUAUGUUCCCUAAUCCAGCAUAUCAAUUCCCCAAGUCGCUGACCCCUCAGCCUGGGUGGGAAGAUCCCAAUCAGAGAUACACGGCCCCCGCAAUGCCUCGAGCUCCUUCGAGAGAUGGUUCUUCGCAGCACAGGAAUCCUCGCGGACCAUCUUUGCCGGCAAUGGCUUCCAACAGUCAGACUGCAGCACAGCAGCAGCGCAGCAGAUCGUACAGCACUCCUGAUAUCAACGCCCCCGGGAACAUUCGUCGCACUCAAGGGGGCACUCCUGUUCCGGCGGUGCCUGGCAUCCCGGCGCAUCUACACCCAGCCCACGACCAGAAUAUCCCGCGGUCGCAGACCGGCUCGCCCAGGGUAAAUGACGUUCCCAUCAGAUCAAACACGCAGAGCCCGGGCGCUCAGCGAGAACGCCAGUACGGCCACCAGCAAUCUGGAAGUUACGGUGGCACCAUGUCCCAGUUCCCCGCUCAGCCAAUCUAUCCCCGCCAGGGAACGCCAAACUCUGUCCAUGACCGGCAGCUCAGCAUUGAUGCGGCUGCGUCUAUGAAUGCCAUGUUGUCUCCUCCCCUUGGCACUGGCGGGAUCAGCGGAUCUCAGUCAAACCCGCUUGCCAGCCCCGACCUACCGAUUCCCACGCAGUUGAAGGUCAAGGUGAACUUUGUCGACAGCGGCAACUACGUCACACUGGUUGUUGCAUUCAACAUCACAUACCAGUCUUUAAUUGACCGCAUCGACGCCAAACUUGCGCGGUUCACCAACAGCAGUAUCAGCAAGGGCAUGCUUAAGCUCCGAUACCAGGACGAGGAUGGCGACUUUGUCACUAUUGCCAGUGAUGAUGACAUUCAGAUCGCCUUUAUCGAAUGGCGCGAGGGAGCCCGCGCCACUGCGCCGGGAGGGGUAGGCGAGAUUGAGCUGUUCUGCGUUGGAGAAACGGCCUAA